AUGGUGAAGGAAUCGGAAGAGAUAUUAACAAAUGAUCACCACGGUUGCUUCAAAGGCAAAGCUUGUAACUUGGAAGAAAAAGUGGUUGAAUUAGCAAACAAUACAAAGAAGGUGGGCAAAGACGACCCUAGAAGAAUAGUUCACUCUUUAAAGCUCGGAUUAGCUGCCGCAAUGGUGUCCUCAUUUUACUAUUUCGAACCUCUCUACGAUAGCUUCGGCGCAUCUUCGAUAUGGGCCAUCAUCACCGUUAUUGUCGUCUUCGAGUUUUCUGUUGGAGCAACGCUUGGAAAAGGGUUGAAUAGAACGACAGCCACGUUAGUAGCGGGAGGUCUAGGAUUUGUAGCUCAUUACAUUUCAAGUAUUUGUGGAAAGAUUGGACAUCCCAUAUUGUUAGGGAUCUUUAUAUCCAUCAUGAGUGGAAUAGCAACAUAUCUUCGAUUCUUCCCCAAGUUGAAGGCGAAAUAUGAUUAUGGGCUUUUGAUAUUCAUAUUGACAUUUGAUAUGGUGGCAGUGUCUGGUUAUAGAGAUGAUGAGAUCUUGAAAUUGGCUUGGCAUAGGCUUGCUAACAUUCUCAUGGGUGGCUUUAUUGCUGUGGCUGUUUGUAUCUUUGUUAGACCUGUUUGGGCUGGUGCUGAUCUUCAUCAAUUGGUUUCUACCAAUAUUCAAAACCUUGGGACCUUCUUUGAAGGUGAAUCUUCAUCUUUAUGUUUCCAAGCUAAAUGGGAGCCUCCUCAUGGAAAGUUUAGAAUAUGCCAUCCAUGGAAUGAGUAUAACAAGAUUGGAAGCUUAUCAAGGGAAUGUGCCUACCGCUUUGAAAUCCUCAACUCUUACCUCAAAGCUCAUACAAUCCAAUCACCCUUGGAAAUUCAGAGGCAAUACCAAGAGCACUACUUGCAACUGUGCAUUGAAUCAGGCAAAGCUUUAAACUCCAUAGCAAUGGCAAUAAGAGAUAUAAUUCCACCUGCCAUGGCCAAGUCCCACAUGGAAAAAGCAAAGGAGAAUGCUGAAGAACUCAUGUCUCUUCUAAGGAAUAGCCAUUUUAACGGUGACAUGAAGAUGGUAUCAACUACAGCUUUGAUUUAUUUGCUCAUUGAUUGUUUAUCUUGUGUCGAGAAGAUUGUUGAUUCUGUCAAUGACUUGGUUUCGCUUGCUCGCCCUAAAACUCCACCUCUGCCGAAGCAGGCAGGUGUAAUGCCGACAGAGCAAAAGACUCCGCAUAACAUUACCAUUACUCAAAUUCAAAUUGCAGAGUAAGAAAUUUGCGAACUUUGCAUUUAACAGAGAGAUUGACGUAUCGAAAGUUGUGUUGCU